AUGAAGCCACAGACAGUCGCGUUGACGCCAAUUCUUCGGAAGCUCAUGCCGCUCUGCUUUGUAACAGGUGCAGCGAUCGAAUUGUUCAUGGUCAAGACAGGAUUCUACGAGAUUGUCACCUUGAAAGAAGCCGAGCGUCGCCAGCAACGCGACGAAGAACGUCAAGAGUUUUUGGCAGCCAGAGAUCGAGGCCUAUGA